ACCGAGGGAGCGCGUUUAAUUCGUUUCUAAAACCUCAGCGGUGUAGACCGUGUCGUGUAUCUCAACAGCAAUAUCCAGUGUCUUCAGACAAACGAGACCGAUCGAAAUAACUAAAGGAAAACAAUAAAACAAAAAGUAACAUUGGUGAAAAAAAAUUAAAUCAUAAAACUAUUACCUGGUGAAGCUAAAGCAAGAAAGUGAAACAGUUUUGAGGAAAAAAGUGCGAUUCGCAAAGCGAUGAAACAGUAAACCGAUUGUCGAGUAUUGUAAAGUGAGUGUACAGUGAGAACAAACAGUUCGUGUGUCAGCCGGAAGGAAAGCAUUGGUGAAUAAAAUAUAUUAAAAAAAACACAGAAACCCAGUACGAAACAAUCAAACGGGCGAAAGUGGUUGAGAGGCGAGAAGUAAAAUUAGUACACGACGAUCGACACGUGAGAAAUAGUGGUUGCGGUGUAUCGGGAAAUAGAGGAAACACGUCCACCGAAACCUUAACCCGGGGCAAAACGUACAGCAUAGACCGGAAGCAAACCUGUGACUAGUGGAGUGACUAGUUCCGUGUGGAAACAUAACAAAAAAAAACUUCAAUGCGCACGUAAGCAACGAACCUCCCACAGUACCGAGUGUGAGGCAUCAGUAGGGGUUUCGGAUCGAAUUGCAGAAAUUUUGGUGAAGAAAAAGGGUGACGUUUUGGAAAAUAGCAAGCAGCAAAAAAAAAAAUGGCACACGGAAGGAAGUUAAGCAUUAGUGCGGCCGUAAUGGUGGUAUCGAGCCUGGUGACGGUUUGUUCCGGUUCGGCCAUUCCGAUGUGGGAGUUUCUCAGUCGCGGCGAAAAGAUGUCACAUCUGUACACGAUGUUCGCCAAGCAGGUGUCGAGCUACUGCAAAAACUCGCAAGACAUGCCAACGAACAUGUGCAAACGGAAUCUGCUGAUGUACGGCAUCAACAAGCUGCAGGAUAUGAACGAGUCACAUCUCGACUCGAUGGACCCGUACCAGCGUGGCGCUACCGAUAUAAUCUGGGACGCCAUGAUGGAUGGUCACACGAAGAAUGGCAAAAAGAAGACGCAAACGACGGCCGCACCAGCCUACAUCAUGAGCGAGCAGUUCGAGCACAAUCCACUCUUCGACGAUCCGGCACCGUCGGAUGACGUGCGCAAGAGCGGUGGUAGCAUCAGCAAGUAUGGUAUGGACUACGACUAUGCAAAUGGACCGACCGGGCAGGAGAUGCACUACUCCGAACCGCAAAACCAUCUGCCCCAGGAAGCGUCCACCAAUGUGGACUACAGCUAUCAGUAUGAGCCGGCCGCUUCGACACACUUUAACAAUCUCGCACCGUACGAGCAGACGAGCAACUACCUGACCGGCCCGAUGGUGGUGCGUCUCCGGCCGGACGGUACACCGGUCGAGGAGGACAAGGUACAGUCGACACCGUCCGUACCGAAGGACGACGACAUCAAGGAGAUGACGCUCGGCAAGGAAAAGAUGCCCAGCUUCCAGCAGAUCUACGACAGUCUCAAGCAGAAUGAGGAACAUCAUCUGCCGUCCACGGUAGCACCGACCAGCACUACGGCCGGCCCAACGACGGCCCCACCGAAGACGGUGGCCCCGCCAGCAUUACCGGUGGUGGCACCCACACAGCAAGUGUUUGCCUACGUUCAGCGUCUGCCCAACUACCUCCGAUCGUACCGUACCGCUUACCGGGUGUACAAUGCGCACUAAGUCCGGCCGCGGGGGGGUGGGGGAUCUUCUUCAAACGGUGUGGAACCGUGCGAUCGAAAGCUGAAUGUGAUUUUAAUUAAUUAACUCAACCUAAACCGACCGAACCGAGACGUGGACCGAGCAAACAGGACAACCCCAAAAACAGACGCAGACACAAGACCGGACACAGGACGCAUUAUUCGCAACUAACGCUAACCGGUUCAUUAUAGUUUUUUUUUCUUCGAGCACAGAUAACAAAAAAAAAAAGCUCAUACAAACAAAGCAAAACAAAAAAACAAAAUUCUUCAAACUAGAUAGAUCGACCUGCGGAUGAUUCUCCGAGCAUCCCACCGCGUUUGACAAUGUUGUUUUGUAGCAUUAUUUGCACAAAGCGGCUACCACUCUCGUGUGCUCUCGUGUGGGAUGUGCCGGUUUGCAGCAGGGUUAUAUAAAUGAGCAGUGAAAAACAGUAAGGCACGUCCGGUUGCUAGACAUUCGCAGCAAACCAUACCGUGGUACCGGGUCCGGGUGGUUGAAAUUCUUUCAACGUAUCGAAAAAAGGCGAAAAACUUCGUACCAGGCGAACUGCGAUCUGCACACCCAAGGGGUGUAUGUUGUUUGAUCGAGAGUUUGUGACCAGUUUGGUUCGAAAGCUUUUUCCGUCCCGUUCGUUGCGAUAGCAUUAUGCACGAGUUGUGAGCAAAGACAUUGAAUCAGCGCACACGGUUUCUGGACAGUAAUUGUGUGGUUUUUAAUAUAUUUAUACAAAAAACACAAAAAUCCCCAUCGUCAUUCAUAGCGCGGGAGCACACUUCAUUUCGUUUCGUAUUAGUUUCGGUUUUUCAUCGGUUAACAUUUAAAAAAAAAAAACAAAAGCAGCAAAAUAGUAUGGCAAAUAUUGUGUGCUGUGACGAGGGAGAGACCGUAGGAAAAGCAAAAGAAUACGAUAGGAAAACAGAGACGGUGCGCGGUACGUAAAGCGUUUUUCUUUUUAACUAGCUCAGUCGAUAAUGGAUUAAUUUUAUUAUUAUUUUUAUUGGAUAUUUUAAGGGCGCGUCCGUGAGGAGGGUACGUUAAAUUAUUUCUCAAUAUAUUUAUGUGUGUAUUGCGCACAGCAUAGCCGGGAAGAGGGGGACGGGUGGGGUUUGUUUUCUAUGCGAAAGAUGGCAUGGAAGACAACGAGAGAGACAACGGUGAGAAAGUGUAGUAGUACGGCAAGGAAAAGGGAAAGGAAACGGGGAAAACUACCCGAAGGUGUGUGCUGACGUGGGCAGAGUAAAGGCAAACAAAAAAUUCGCAACACAAAAAGAAAAUUACCUUUCCAUUAUAACGUCAAGCAAAGCAAAGGUGGCAAAAAAUAUGGGCGCAAUUAUGCACAAAACAAAUUUUAAUAACGAUUUUGGAUGAAAUAGAACACACACAACUUGCAUCCCUCGUGUGGUUGAGUGCCACAGAUGCACUUUGGAUGCGUUUAUUUCACCCCAAAAUUGAACGGUAUUCCAAAUAAUUUGGAGCAAAUUUUUUUUUUGUUUUUAAAAGUUUAAUUUUAGUUAUUGGAUAGCAGUUAGUAGGAUACGUUCGUUACGUGUGUUUCUCGGAGGACGGUUCGGAGGGCGCUUUGUGCAACAAAAAAGAAGUAGGCUGUAAUAAGAAGUAGAAGAGGCAGUGAAAAAAAAAACAUUUGAAAUGAUAACAGACAUUUUCUCAAUCGUUUCAAGAUGCGGGUACGCAUUAGGCGGCGUACAUUCUAGUGGUAAGCUAACUGUGAAGCUACAUCGAUAGCCUUAAUAUCUGUCCAGCGAUGAUUGAAUCAAAUAAUUGUGAUGAAAUAUGGAUUAGGGAUCUUGUGCCGGGGGGGUUCUAUUUUUCUGGUGCGAAAGAUGUAAAAAAACCUCAACCUACGUGGGUCGGGGGGGAAGCGGUUUAUAUCUUUCGGCAGGCAAAAGCAGUUCCCCGGCAAACAGUGCAAGGAGUGAAGCAUUAUGUAAAGCAAACAGCAGACAUGCUUCAGAUGGUACAUCUGUUUGAAGAUACGUGUGAUUAAUUUUGUUGACGAAUGUCGAACUCCAAAGGAAUACCACGCAUGAUGUGUGUUUUGAGAUGUAUUUCAAAAUGCCAAGUGAAAUAAAAUGAAUCAAAACGAUAA